AUGAAUCUUCCUUCACUUCUCCUUCUUCUUCUUCUUCUCCCCUUUCUCAUUCUAAUCCUCCCUGUUUCCCCUGCCACUCUGCGUCCCGAACUCCGAGCUCUCAUUUCGAUCAAAUCCUCCCUCCAAUCCGCUCCUCGCGCCUUCCGCGGCUGGGAAGUCGACAGCAACCCGGGCGUCUCCCAGGACCCGGUUUGGUGCUCGUGGACCGGGAUCCGCUGCCGGGGCGGCCAGGUCACCAGCCUCGAUCUCUCCCGCCGGAACCUCUCCGGCGCCAUCCCCGCCGACAUUCAGCUCCUCACCGGCUUGCUCCACCUGAAUUUGAGUCGGAAUUCCUUCGACGGCGUUUUCCCUUCCGCAAUUUUCCGACUCACCACCCUCAGGACGCUGGACAUCAGCCACAACAACUUCAAUUCCACUCUGCCGCCGGGGAUUUCCAAGCUCAGGUUCCUCAGAGUGUUCAAUGCCUACAGCAACAGCUUCGCGGGCCCGCUUCCGAAGGAGUUCAUGUACCUUCGAUUCCUCGAGCAGCUGAAUUUGGGAGGGAGCUACUUCGACGGAGUGAUUCCCAUUGGGUACGGAAGCUUCCCCCGCCUCAAGUUUCUUCAUCUGGCUGGUAACGCUUUCGACGGCCCGUUGCCGCCGCAAUUAGGGUUUCUGAGCCAGUUGGAGAGGAUGGAAAUUGGGUACAAUAUGUGGUCCGGCAGAGUUCCCGAGGAGUUUGCUCUGUUGAAGGAACUCCGGUACCUCGAUAUCUCCACUUGCAGUCUCUCCGGCGAGCUCGCGCCAGAGCUCGGGAAUUUGACCCAGCUCGAGUCCUUGUUGCUCUUCAAGAACCAAAUUACAGGGGAAAUUCCAGAGAGUUUCGGGAACCUAAAAGCUCUGCAGGUUCUCGAUUUGUCCGAUAAUGCUCUCACCGGAGCAAUUCCAGAGGCAAUCUCUUCUCUCCACGAGCUCACCAGGCUUAGCCUGAUGGACAACCGGCUGACCGGCGAAAUCCCGCAGGGAAUCGGAGAGCUGUCGAAUCUCGAUACAUUGUCCGUUUGGAACAACUCCCUCACCGGAGCUCUGCCGCGGAACCUCGGAUCCAACGGGAAGCUGCUCUGGCUCGACGUCUCGUCGAAUUACCUCAACGGAACGAUUCCAGAGAGUCUCUGCUCGGGGAACAAGCUCUACAAGCUGAUUCUUUUCUCCAACGGCUUCUCCGGCCCGCUGCCGGCUUCGCUAGCGAACUGCACUUCUCUGUCGAGGUUCAGAAUCCAGAACAACCAGCUCACCGGCCCGAUCCCUUCCGGUUUCGGGACGCUGCCGAAUCUGACCUUCGUCGACCUGAGCAAAAACAAUUUCUCCGGCGCAAUCCCUGCCGACAUCGGGAACGCGCCGGUGCUGCAGUACCUCAACGUAUCGGAGAACGGAUUCGGGUCGGGUUUGCCCGUCAACAUAUGGACCGCCCCGAACCUGCAGAUCUUCUCGGCGAGCAGAAGCGGAAUUAUCGGGAAAAUUCCCGAAUUCAUCGGAUGCAGCAGCGUCUACAAGAUCGAAUUACACGGGAACUCGCUCAACGGGACAAUCCCCUGGGAUAUCGGCCACUGCGAGAAGCUUCUCACCCUCAAUUUAAGCCACAACGCGCUCACCGGAAUAAUCCCCUGGGAGAUCUCCGCCUUACCUUCCAUCACCGACGUCGACCUCUCCCACAACUUCCUCACCGGCACGAUUCCGUCCAAUUUCGGCAACUGCAGCACAAUAGAGAGCUUCAACGUUUCCUACAACCUCCUCACCGGCCCAAUCCCGGCCUCUGGCACAAUUUUCCCCAACCUCCACCCUUCCUCGUUCUUCGGCAACGACGGCCUCUGCGGCGGCGCCCUCCCGAAGCCCUGCGCCGCCACUCCCGUGGCGGGGGCGAUGGACGUGCGGAGGAGCCAGGAGCCGAGGAGAACCGCCGCCGGGGCGAUCGUGUGGGUGAUGGCCGCCGCGUUCGGGAUCGGCCUGUUCGUCCUCGUCGCCACCACGCGGUGCUUCCACAACCGCCGCGCCGCCGGGCGGAGAGAAGAGCAGCGGCGGGAGAUCGGCCCGUGGAAGUUGACCGCAUUCCAGCGGCUCAAUUUCACCGCCGACGACGUCCUGGAGUGCCUCGAGAUGAGCAACAAGAUCAUCGGGAUGGGAUCCGCGGGGACCGUGUACCGAGCCGAGAUGCCAGGUGGCGAGAUCAUAGCGGUGAAGAAGCUGUGGGGGAAGAACAAGAACAGCAGCGUGAUCCGACGGCGGAGGGGCGUGGUGGCCGAGGUGGAGGUGCUGGGAAACGUGAGGCACCGCAACAUCGUCCGGCUGAUCGGGUGCUGCAGCAACAGGGAAUGCACGAUGCUGCUCUACGAGUACAUGCCCAACGGCAACCUGGACGAUCUGCUCCACAGCAAGGACAAAACGCACAAUCUGGGCGCGGAUUGGAUGACGCGGUACAACAUCGCGCUCGGCGUGGCGCAGGGGAUCUGCUACCUGCACCACGACUGCGACCCCGUCAUCGUCCACCGCGACCUCAAGCCGUCCAACAUACUGUUGGACGGCGAGAUGGAGGCCAGGGUCGCGGAUUUCGGGGUCGCGAAGCUGAUUCAGAGCGACGAGUCCAUGUCGGUCAUCGCCGGGUCCUAUGGCUACAUUGCACCAGAGUACGCGUACACGUUGCAGGUGGACGAGAAGAGCGACAUAUACAGCUUUGGGGUGGUGUUGAUGGAGCUGCUGAGCGGGAAGAGGUCGGUGGACUCGGAGUUUGGGGAAGGGAACAGCAUAGUGGACUGGGUGAGGUCGAAGAUAAAGGGGAAAGAAGGGUUGAACGACGUGCUGGACAGGGACGCCGGCGGGUCGAUCCCGUCGGUGAGGGAGGAGAUGAUGCAGAUGCUCAGGAUCGCGUUGCUGUGCACGAGCCGGAACCCGGCGGACCGGCCGUCGAUGAGGGACGUGGUGUUGAUGCUGCAGGAGGCCAAGCCGAAGAGGAAGUUGCCCGGCGGCGGCGGUGGCGGGGCAGGGAGUGUGGUAGUUAGCAGCGACGCCUGCGCGGCCGCCGGCGGUGAUUGUGGAGGUGGGUGUGAUAUUAGUAGGAUUACUACUAGUAGCUGCAGUGAUGAUGGCGUAAUAGUACAGAAGGCUUAG